GCGAGGUUUUCCGGUAGUGCGCAGAACGCCGUCGAGCAUACUUUCUGUGGAGCCCAUGCUGACCAGCCGUAUAAACAGGAAAGAGCGUAUUUUGGCAAAAUUUCUUUAGUCUUGGUUUAUAAUGGAACGACUUCGUACUCAAUGGCCGAUCUUGGGGAUUUUUAUUGUAUUUGGGACAUUCACAGCCGUACUUUCAGACACAGAUAUCUUACUUGACGGUCCUCGGGCAGGGUGGAGUAUAACUGGAAAAUCUGUUCCUGGUCAAAUAGCAAAUUGGCUACAUAGUGGUUCCUCUAAUCAAUACUCUGUCUGUGAUGUGUCAUCCAGUAAAGAGCCGACUAACUGGCUAAGAACAGACUAUAUCAAUGCAAAGGAUGCCAAACGUGUGGACAUCAAGGUUAUUUACACAAUAAGGAAGUGCAAAGACUUGAGUAAAUUUUGUAAAGAGACUUUUAAUUUAUAUGUAUACCAUGCGUCUCAAUCAGAACCAUCACCUGAUCCUGCAACGAUGCCAUUUACAUGGUUACGAAAAGCUAAUGUUACCCAUUUACCAUCUGGGCCAGCCACAGAUGCUGAUAAGAACACCAUGCUAGUAUCUUUGGUUCCCAGGAAAGAAGGGAUAUUCCUAGCAUUCUAUGACCAGGGUGCUUGUAUGAGCAUCACAAAAGUAGUCGUGAGUUUUAAUUUUUGUCCACCGAGAGGAGGAAUUCUUGUAGAUUUUGUGAGAACUGUGUCACCAUUAAGUGAUUCUGUUCAGAAAAAAGUGGAAGGUACAUGCGUUAGUGAAAACUCUGUGAACACUACUGCGCUGACGGCGGUGUGUACAAGUGAUGGGAACUGGAACUUGAGUGGGGAUGUCAAGUGUUAUUGCAAGAAGGGUUAUGCCUAUGACAAAGUUAACAAUGAUUGUAAAGGUUGUCCACCAGGAAAUUUCAAGUCUACCCUUAGCAAUACUGGCUGCCGACCAUGCCCAGAAAACGCCCAACCAAACACGCUGCGAACCGAGUGUGUCUGUAGAAAUGAAUACUUCCGUCUGCUCAAUCAUAACAUGACAGUACCAUGCAAGCCCCUUCCUGAUGGACCAAGGUAUGCAAAUGCCAGUGCUUUAAACUCCACAGCUGUGAGACUAACAUGGACACCAGUCACACCAAUGUCAGAGGGCAUCAGUUACGAAAUAGACUGUUUUGUAUGCACUGACGAGAAAGAUACCAAAUGUGUGGUUCAGUGUGGGAAAAAUCCAGUUAGUUAUGAUCCUGGCCGCAGUGGUCUUGUACAGCCAAAUGCAACAAUAGCAGGGCUCUCUCCAGAAACAAAAUACAUGUUCAAGGUUUAUACAGUGACGGAUUUGAACAAAGUUGCAGAUAGGAAGAUGUGGCAGUUUGCGCAAGCCUUUGUGAUGACUGGAAAAGGUUCUAAGAAGCCACCUGCCAAUCAAGAAAAAAGUGCAGAUUUUCAAAAAAUGGCCUUGACCAUUGGAAUUCCUGUAAUUGUGUUUAUCAUUGUUCUUGUGGUUGGAUGCGCUGUCUUCAUUUGGAAAAGCAGACAGAAGAAAAUGCUCAAGGUUCCCACUGUAGAGUUUGCAGAUGGACAAGUUGAUUUGCCAACAUGUGGACAGCGUGUCUAUAUCGACCCAAGCAAUUAUAAUGAUCCAGAAGAGGCACUCAGAAAUUUUGCAAAAGAACUUGACAAACGAUGGCUAAAACUAGAAAAGGUCAUUGGUGGAGGUGAAUUUGGUGAUGUUUACAAAGGAACACUGAAACGUCCUGGGGAGAAUACUAUACCCGUAGCCAUCAAAACACUCAAGCAAGGGUCGACUAGUAAGAACCGAGGCGACUUCCUGUCAGAGGCUUCAGUCAUGGGGCAAUUCUGUGAUCCUAAUGUUAUCUUCUUGGAAGGGGUGGUAUCAAAAACUCACCCACUGAUGAUAGUAACAGAAUUCAUGAGUAAUGGAUCUCUGGAUAACUUCCUUAAGAAAAUGGACAGCAAGUUGAGUUUAAUUCAGUUGAUGGGGAUGGCUAGAGGAAUUGCCUCCGGAAUGAAAUACUUGUCAGAGAUGAAUUUCGUACACAGGGAUCUGGCAGCUCGUAACAUCCUUGUAACCGAGACGUUAGUAUGCAAAGUAGCAGACUUCGGCUUGUCCCGAGAACUAGAAGACUCGGCGUAUGAGACUUCGGGUGGCAAGAUCCCCGUGCGGUGGACCGCGCCAGAGGCAAUCAAGUACAGGAAAUUCAGCACGUCUAGCGAUGUCUGGAGCUACGGCAUCUUACUGUGGGAGACGUUUUCUUUUGCCGAGAGACCUUACUGGGACUGGAGCAACUUCGAAGUAAUGGACCGAGUGGAGACUGGGUAUAGACUUCCUCCACCAAUGAGCUGUCCCAAGGUCAUUCACCAGAUCAUGUUGGAGUGUUGGGAUGCCGACCGAACCAAGAGACCCUCAUUCGCCCUGAUCGUGAAACAGCUCGAUUCGCUGAUACGCUCACCCGAGAAACUCAAGGACAACCAGUCCGUCAUCCAAUCGAAACCCAACAUCGACUAUUCCGAGAUUACGACAGUGGAGGAGUGGCUGGGCAGCAUCAAGAUGGGACAGUACACGGAGCAUUUCAAGCAAGCGGGUUACAGAGACCUACAGACCAUCGCGGAGUCUGAGGAGCCGGAUCUCGAUGGGCUGGGGGUCAAGUUGAUCGGUCACAAGAACAAGAUACGAAAGAGCAUCCGAGAGGUCAAGGGCAAGCUCAAGCGAGAGACGUCACUUCCGGUGUAAGAAAAUCGUAACACUUCCGGUGUGACGUCACAUAUGGACAACUUCUAUGGAUGACGUAGUGCCAAGCAUCGCGUCGGAAAUGACGCCAUUUAAUAAAAAAAACAAUGGCGAAGUGACGUAUGAAAUACGCUAUGAAGAUGAGGCUGUAUAAGGGGCACUUCUGGUUUUCACCAGAAGAAAGAUGCUAAGGGCAGAUAUUUGCUUGUUGUGAACAUCACUUGUGGAUGUGGAGGGGGGCAGAGGAGGAAUUAAGAAGAUUUGUUGAGUUGAUACACAAGUUGGUACAGGGAGACUGAUUAUGGUUUAAAUUGAAAGGGUCGGUUGUCAUUCGCACCCAAAUAAAGCUGAUGUAUAGCUUUUUGAGUAUAGCUGAUGCAAUGGACGAUCAAUGAUUACGUGUCGCGUGCUUCACUAUAUAUGUCAUCGGCGCAAUAAACCGAGAUCAAAGCUUCGAUUGAUACAUCUGUAACUAAAGACAUCGAGAUCAAAACUUCGAUUGAUACAUCUGACUACAAGGCACCGAGAUUAGAUCUUCGAUUGAUACAUCAGUGAUUACAAGCGACUGAGGUGUUAAGCUUCGCCCCAGCCUCUCUCGGUUGACAACAAGACAAAGAGAAAAUGACGAAGCUCCUCGCAGAAGCAUGUAACAGUUUUGUGCAAACAGCAAAGCAACAAUACUGUUUACGCAGACUUUUACAGGAGGGUGCAAUAUGAUUGGAUGGGUGUUACACUUCUUUGCCAAUCCAGUACAGCUUUUUAGGAUAGCUUAACAAGUAGCCGUGCUAAUGUUGUGAAAGAAAGGUGGGGCUUAUCCUCCCACCGGGGGAAAAUGCAUGCCAUGCCACUCCCACGGGUACCUUGCUAUGAGUACUUCCCGGAAAGGGCGGGGUCUGUUGUGUUAAACAGAUAUAUUAACGCAAAAUGAGUGAUAGGCAAUGGUUAGUAGCAAGAUAGUUAGGAAUUGAACAAAUAUUUUGAAUAUUGCGAGUUAAAACAUAUCGUGCAUAGUAAGUAGCAUGUACAUAAAACCUAGUGUUUCCCAAGAAAAGGGAUUUAAUGGAUAAAAUAAUGUAAAUGUAGGUACGUUGAAAUUUAUUUUAUCCCUUGCAUGUCAUGGGUGUAUGUCUCUAAGCCUGGUCCUCGGCGUUCUCCUCAGGUUUCCUGUGUUAAAAGAUCUGACGUCAAGACGCCCACCCCAGCCCCACAUUCCUAACGGUCGGGCACAGGUAUCCCGAAACGAACGCCGUGGACAAAGCUUGUUAUUUCCCUAAAAGCAAUUAUGAAGGAUGUUUGUAGCUCCUUACCUGGUGAACGUCCGUUUGUAGUAGUUUCUAUUGCUCGCAUUUAGUACGGCCCGGUUUUGUUGGCUGACGCGCACGUUACUAUUGUAAUCACGGACGCUAAGCACACACAUCUACAGUACCCUAUCAAUUAGGGGAUUGAAUCAUUUUCAAGAAGAGCUCGGUAAAGUAUCUCUGUGUGUGUACUCUGUCCCCACCACUCCCCUUAACUAGCUGUGCUGAUAUAUUCAUCAAAUGUUAAUAAUUUCAGUUACUGUAAAUAAGAAGACAAUUUGACAAUUAAACAUACAAGACAGCA